AAUUGCGGGAUCCAGAGAAAGCUCAAGCAGCGAUUUACCACCCAGACCUGUACGUUGAGCGCUGAUGGCGAGAUUCAAGACGGCCAGACCGGCACGGGCGAGCGUGGACGGAGCAUGAGUUGCCGUCAGUAGAGCAGUCUCUUCCAGUUCAGCAUUCAGUUCUGCGGCUAGCAGCUUUAAUUGCUUGUCAGCAAAAGUGGGAAUAUCGAUGGGCGCCAUUAUUGUGUGUUUGGCAAUGCUGUUGAUGUUUGGGGACGGUCGAUGUUUCAAGUUUCACAUGAAGAUCAACGUCAUCGGGCGGGACUUGGCAAGCCCGAUAAUAUAAGGAAAGUCCAGGCGUGUCAGUGCGAGAGCAAUGGUCAGCAUCUCGCCGUCAUACAUACCAAAAUGCGAACCUCGAGAGUCUCUCGAGAAACCGCUCACGUGGUGAAAGCCUUGUCGUCGCGGGCAUCAAACGAAGAUGCUCCUAGACGGUCUCUACGCAACUUUGCGCAUACGGCCGAGGUAAAUUACGCUCAGGAUGACGACAGCUCGGAUCUAUCGUCGCUUGCCUCGAAUGCAGCUCCAUCGUCACCUCUCUCGGAUCUAUCUGUAACACCGCCUCCCUCAAAUCGCAAGCGCAAACGCACAGUCAAAACAGAAAUUCUUUCUCCGAAUGCUCCGGCCGCGAAUCGCAAUACCAACCUGCCCAAGAAAGUCAAGCGACAGCCUGCCAAACGCAUCAAGGGUGAACAUGGCCAGCUCGCCAAUGCCGAACCUCCUGCCAAUUGGGAACAAAUGUACAGCAUAACCGCCGAGAUGCGCAAGAAGGUUCUCGCUCCGGUCGAUACCAUGGGCUGCGAGUCCUUGGCCGAACGCAAUCGCUCUCCGAUCGACCGACGACUACAAACCUUGAUCGCUCUGAUGCUGAGUUCGCAAACAAAAGACACGGUUACGGCUGUGGCUAUGAAGACACUACAAGAGAAUUUGGAAGGAGGCUUCAAUCUCGCCGCAUUGCUCACAGUCGAGCCAACCCGACUGAAUGAGUUGAUCGCAAAAGUCGGCUUCCACAACAACAAGACGAAAUAUAUCAAGGCGACCGCUGAGAUUUUGCGAGAUAAGUUCAAUGGCGAUAUUCCUGAUACGAUAGAAGGGCUGGUUUCGCUGCCUGGUGUCGGUCCUAAAAUGGCGUAUCUGACCAUGUCGGCUGCAUGGGGUCGUGAUGAGGGAAUUGGUGUCGAUGUUCACGUUCAUCGCAUCACCAACCUCUGGGGCUGGCACAAGACUCGUAAUCCUGAGGAGACUCGUGCGGAGCUGGAAAGCUGGCUGCCGAAGGAAAAGUGGCAUGAUAUCAAUCACCUACUGGUCGGCUUUGGUCAGACUAUAUGUUUGCCUGUGGGACGCAAGUGUGGUGAUUGUGUUUUGGCCAGCGAGGGUCUUUGCCCGAGUGCUGUUGUCAAGAAGGAAGUCACCAAAAGAGUCAAGAAGGUCAAAAACGAGGACGAGAUCAAGACGGAAGUUGAUGCGGUGGUCAAGGAGGAGAAAGCUGAUGAAGAUGCACCUUCUCUUGACGUUCCACUUGUUGGUGCAGGUACCGUACCCGAUAUUGAAGGUGUCGGUGCAGGCAUCAAGCAGGAGGAGCAGUGAGCUCUCCUUCGUCUUCUUGUCCAUUACAUGUAUGAUACUACGAUGUCAAUGUCUAUACGCACCCUCAAUGUACGAUAUUUCUUCAUAAUUAAUUACUACAGUCGAGCCUGAGUAAUGCGAACUCGCGAACCAACGGA